UCCGAGCGAUGACAAAUGCUCCGGAAAAAGAUUAAAAACACAAUGGGCCUGAUGUUAAAAAACGAUCACGAGAUUGUUGCUGCUGCUGCUACUGUUCAAGAAUUGUCGUGCUAUCUGGGAACGCACGUAUCUCUUGCUAAUUACUUACCCGUUUCAACUUCGUAGUUUUUGAGUUUAUAGUCUGUCUAGUUUUAUACACCAAAGAGUUUUAAAUAGAUUUCGUGCUCCAGCCAUGAGUACCGAGGAUGAUGUUUGCUGGUAUCACGAGAAUCUAUCAAGAGAGGAUGCUGAAAACUUGCUGGUCAAAGAUCAUCUCGAGGAUGGGACUUUUCUUGUGAGGGAAAGCAGCUCGUCGUUGGGAGAUUAUGUCCUUUCAGCAUUGUACAAUGGUGGAGUGGUACAUUACCAGAUUAGAAAGCACGGAGAGGACGCUUUUUUCUCUAUAGAUGAUGAAACAACCAUACACGGUCUAGACACGCUUAUUGAGUAUUAUCAGGAAGAAAAUCAUGGGCUCGUGACAGUAUUAAAAACACCUGUUAAAGGUAAUCCACCACCACAUGAUACACGAAGACAUGGACGCAUGAAUCUUUUACACAGGGCCACUAUACAGAAAAACUACACAAUUGUAUCAGAGCUUCUCAAGUGCGGCUACAGAAGCUUAGAUGCUAAGAAUCAGCUUGGCCAAACAGCAGUUCACUUAGCGGCCAAAGAUGGAGCAGAUGAAAUAUUAACCAAGCUCAUUCAGAGCAAUGCCAGUGUCAACUGCAGAGAUACAGCUGGCUACACUCCUCUGCAUUAUGCUUGCCAAAGCAAUCUUCCAAACACUGUACAAAUAUUAAUUGCUGGAGGCGCAAAUAUUCAAGCACGUCAUACGGAAACGGGAAUGGUGCCAUUGCAUGAAGCUGCAAGCCGAGGUCACCGUGAAGUAAUAGAAAUUUUGCUCUCAGCAAAUGCACCAGUUAAUCCACGAACAUUAGACGAUGAAGUACCUGCUGACCUUGCCAAGCAAAAUGGCCAUUUGGAGUGCGAGAAAAUCAUACGGAAUUAUGUUAAACCGACAAGAGAACAAACGUGUGACUGGUACCACGGUACUCUGGAUAGAAUGGAAGCUAUUAAUCUUUUGCACAAGAAUGGAGAUGUUGAUGGAUCGUUUUUGGUUCGAUUGAGUGAAAGACACGAUGGAAUCCGCGUUCUCACAGUGAUGUACAAUAAACAAGCUUAUCACUUUCAAAUACAGAAGCAGAAAAACUUUCUCUUCAUUGAUAAUGGGCCAUAUCUUCCUUCUUUGGAACACGUCAUAGAACAUUAUCGGUGUAUGCCAGAUGGGCUUCCUGGACCUUUAAUUCAUAACAUUAGACCAGUACCCAAGCCCCCAAUUCCUGAGAUGCCUCCAUCAAUAUUUAAUGGAGAUACUCUGAAGAAAAAAAAGAAUUCCAUUCCUAGAGCCGUUCCCGAGCCAUUAUUGGAAAAGCCAUACUUGCAUUCAAGUUGUUCUAAUCAAAUCGAUAACAAUAGUGCCAACAAUUAUAAUAAUAAUAAUAAUAAUAGUGAUCUUCAUAGUGCUGUACCAGCAAUCGUAAAAAAUGAUAAUGAUGAUGAAAAUGAUUCUGUGCCAAUAAAUAAAGUAUUCAUUCCGGGAGAGAAUAUAAUUCUCGGAGAAGUAUUAGGGGAGGGAGAAUUCGGUGCUGUGUACGAGGGACUUUACGAUUCGCCGUGUGGUACACAGGAUCCCGUAGCAAUAAAAAUGUUGAGAGACACGGAUAACGUCGCUACUCGCGAGGAGUUUUUGAGAGAAGCUCGAUUAAUGAUGACGCUUAAUCAUCAUUGUAUUGUCAAAUUGAUUGGUUUUUCAGAAGGACCGCCAUUGUUAAUGGUGCAAGAGUUAGUUUCUCUUGGCUCGAUGCUAGCAUAUCUUUUGGAAUUUGCUGAUAGAAUCAGCCCAAGUUACGAGCUUAAAAUUUGGGCUUCUCAAAUUGCAUGCGGAAUGAGGUACUUGGAAGAACUGAGGCUUGUUCACAGGGACUUGGCAGCUAGAAAUAUUUUAUUGGCCUCGAAAUAUCAAGCAAAAAUAAGUGAUUUUGGUCUUUCCAGAACGUUUGGUUCAAGUGAUUACUAUACAGCCACAGCAGGAGGAAAAUGGCCGAUAAAAUGGUAUGCUCCAGAGUCUUACAAUUUUGGUACGUUCUCACAUGCAAGUGAUGUUUGGAGUUACGGUGUUACCUUAUGGGAAAUGUUUUCUUACGGGCAACAGCCGUAUGGAACUUUGCGUGGUGUUGAAGUGAUUGAUCUCGUCGAGAAAGGCGAACGACUCUCACAACCGCCAAAGUGUCCAGAUAACGUUUAUCAAGUGAUGCAAAAAUGUUGGUCUUAUGACUCCUCGGAUCGGCCAACGUUCCAGGAACUGAUAGAUAUUUUUAGCAGUGAUCCAGAGUAUGCCAACAUUCGAGAAUUGGUAACGGCUGUUAACAUCAGCUGAUGAUUCAUGAACUAUUUAUUGUUUUGAUUUGUUACAUGUAAUAUUUAAUGAACGAACUGAUUAAAUUUUUAUAGA